GUGGCAAGAAGUCGCUCGGAGGUUGAAAAACGUGGGCGUGGACAGGGAAGCCGACAAGUGAGGGAAGAAGUGGGACAAUCUCAUGCAGCGGUUCAAGAAAGUCAAUCAUUUCCAAACAUCAUCCGGGGGGCAAGACUUAUUCCAGUUGAAUGGCAAGGAGAGGCCGAACAGGGGGUUCAAUUUCAAUAUGGAUCGUGCGGUUUACGACGAGAUAGAGGGGUGGACCGGGAAGAACCAUACCAUCUACCCCAGGAAUGUCGCCGACAGUGGUGCUUCUUACGGUGUGCGCAUGCCUACGGCGGCGUCUCCGGAUCCUGAAUUGGUUGCUGACGGGGACGCCGGUGCGAGGCGCGACGACGACGAGGAGGGGUCGACGAGAGGUUCUUCCCAAACGACGGGUAGCCCCGACGGUUUCGGGAAUAGGAAGAGCACGAGCCAGCAGACUUUCGAGGCGAUGACGGAAUGCAUGGAGAAGCACGGGGCGCUCAUGGCGUCGACGAUGGAGAGUGCCAACAAGCGGCAAUGCUCCAUCCAGGGGCCAGGCUUCCUGCCAUCCUUCCGCGGGGAUGUCAUUGUCGAAGGGCACAUGGAAGGAGGGUGGUUGACCGCCCUCCAAAUCCCGCCGACGGUGACCUAUAAGACACCGUCGUUUCGAUGGAGGAUUUGUGGCACUGUCGUGGAAUGGACUGCGUUCUCGCCAUACUGUCUCCUUCUCACCAUGUACCAUUCUCGCCGUCCACCCUUCUCGCCGUACUAUCGCCUUAUCGCCAUACUGUCGCCUUUUCGCCGUCCACCUAAGGCUUCUCGCCAUACUAUCGCCUUCUCAUUGUGUACCAUUCUCGUCGUCCACCCUUCUCGAUGUACUAUCGCCUUCUCACCAUACUGUCGCCUUCUCGCCGUGUACCAUUAUCGUCCCUUGUCGCCGUGCUAUCGCCUUCUCGCCGUCGUCGUGCCUGCGUUCGCAGCGACGUUAGAGUGCGUGGGACUCGGUGUGAUGUCGCUUCCAUCGUCGACAUCGACACCUUUGACGCAAGGGUCAUCGACGUCAUGUGCGGUGGGCGGAGGAGGUCUAUGGGAUCAGUCGUCAUUGAACCAUUGUCGUGUUCUUGUAUAGUUUUUGUUGUCGUUUUUUUUUUUUUUUUUUUUUUUCUCAUCUGUUUAAUAUUCUUUCUUCCGACCGGACAAAUCGAUAUUCGUUGGUGGUCAAGCGAACAUCCUUCCAUGUUAUCAUCUUAAUGAAUUUGACAGUUGUGC